AUGUCGGAGACAUCUGCUCUGGUUCCGUACAGAAAGAAGGGACGCACAAAACGUACCAUGCAGAGAGUGCGUAAUGUGUUCCCUCAAUGCAAGGAGUAUUCCUCACACACCAAAGUAUACAGUGCAAUUGAAUGGAUCCAUUGCCUACACGGCACCUGCCCCAUUUGGCGGUACCAUUUCGCAAGCAUCCGUCAGGUCAGCGAGUCAGACAACGAAUCUUCCGAUGGGGACUACAUGCCCGGUGAGAACGAGGACGAUGAGGACGAUGAGGACGACUUCAAGGCGAGCGAGAUGGACGUGUCGUUGAUGGACACGGGUGACGACGAGAUUGACAUUUUAGCGGACACUGGUGUGGAUGAUGCUGAGGGUGCACAUACAGCUGCGAACUCGCGCACACGAAGCGAGGAGGUGCCAAUCUCGCAGCUUGUUUGCCGCAAUGUGACCGACUUUGUAGAUGGGGAUCUGCGUUCUAGCAGCCCUCCAGCUCAUGCAGAGAUGGUUCCGAGAGCAUAUCAGAUUGCUCGAUUUUCAUUGUCCAAAACCCCAGUCUCUAACGCCGACCGCUUCAUGGUGAUGCCGGUGAUGUUCUCUCCGACAUGCAAGGGAUUGGCUGAUGCUUCUACUGUCGUCACUUAUGAUGCUUCGUUACGUUCUGGAUGCGAGUUCCUCGGGCAUUCAGGCAGGCAAUCAGGCACAUGA